GCGCCUUUCUCUAAAGUAAACGUGUCGUACGCUGUACAUAACAAAAAAGAUGAGUACAAAAGUGAACCCAGAUUUACAAAGGGAGCGAGACAAGUGCACAUUUAAUGUAACUGAACUAAUAAAUUUAAUAGAUGGAGGUGAAGACAAAACCGCAGAAAGGAAAAGCAGAGAGGAGAUGGUACUCAAAGAAGGCUUGCACAUUGAUGACGUCCCUAAUGAAUACUUAAGCCACAAAGAAAAGUAUGAGAGGGCCAUCAAGAAGUCUUGUGGACUAUUUAAAUUGAUUCGUCGAUUGCAAGAAGAGGAUAGUGCGGGGAUGGAAAAUUAUAUGGCAGUGCUUGGUGGCACCCUCGGCUCGGCCAUACUCCAAGACGGUUCUCCACUUACACUACACUAUGUGAUGUUCAUACCAACCCUGAUGGGCCAGGCGACGGUAGAACAGCAAGCUUACUGGAUAGGCAGAGCUUUUAAUUUGGAUAUUAUUGGGACUUAUGCUCAGACGGAGUUGGGUCACGGUACAUUCAUCCGUGGGCUGGAGACGACGGCUACCUACGACCCUUCCACCAAGGAGUUCGUCCUGCACAGUCCCACGCUCACCUCCUACAAAUGGUGGCCUGGCGGACUGGCACACACGGCAAACUACUGCAUAGUAAUGGCCCAACUGUACUCAAGAGGCAAAUGUCACGGCAUCCACGCGUUCAUCGUUCAACUUCGCGACGAAGAAACCCACAUGCCCCUACCGGGCAUUAAAGUCGGCGAGAUCGGAGCCAAAUUGGGAAUGAACGGAACCAACAACGGGUUUCUUGGUUUCGAGAAAGUUAGGAUACCAAGAGAGCAUAUGUUGAUGAAGAACUCUAAGAUUUUAGAGGACGGCACAUACCAGAACGCGCCCAGCUCAAAAUUGACAUACGGCACCAUGAUGUUCGUGCGAGUGGUAAUCGUGAACGACAUGUGCAACUAUAUGGCCAAAGCCGUCACCGUAGCCACGCGCUACUCUGCUGUUAGAAGGCAAUCGCAACCUAAACCUAAUGAACCAGAGCCCCAGAUUCUGGACUACGUGACGCAACAGCACAAACUGCUAAUUGGAAUCGCGUCUGUGCACGCCUUCCGGCUCAGCGCCGAUUGGAUCUGGACUAUGUACAACAAUGUCACCGCUGAGCUGGAGACUGGAGACAUGGAAAGGCUGCCUGAGCUGCAUGCCCUCUCAUGUUGCCUAAAAGCAGUAACGACAGCAGACGCCGCUGACUGCGUUGAACGCUGUCGUCUGGCAUGCGGUGGACACGGCUACAUGCAGUCGUCGAAUCUGCCCAUCAUGUAUGGCUUAGUUACCGCAGCCUGCACUUAUGAGGGAGAGAACACUGUACUGCUACUACAGACUGCUAGGUACCUGGUAAAGGCGUGGCAACAAGCGGUAGGCGGCAAUGCCUUAACCCCUACAGUAGCUUACAUCGGCCGCCUAAGCACUGGCCGACGCUCGCCUCCUUGGGAGAAUACUAUUGAGGGCAUCAUACAUGGAUUCCAGCGUGUUGCUGCUGGAAAAAUCGGUUUGUGCGUGGCCAACAUCGAGAAGCGUCAAGCGGCUGGUAUGCAGUACGAGGACGCGUGGAACAUGACUUCUGUGCAACUGGCCUCUGCCUCGGAGUCCCACUGCCGCGCGAUGGUCCUGUCGUGUUAUUACGAGGAAAACGAGAAACUCAUGAAGAAUGUGUCUCCUGCAUUACGUACUGUGUUGCUGCAAUUGGUCGACUUGUACGUUGUGUACUGGGCGCUACAACGCGUCGGCGAUUUGCUACGGUUCACAUCAAUAUCUGAGCGCGACAUCGAACAACUGCAAAACUGGUACGAAGACCUGCUCACAAAACUUCGGCCCAACGCCGUUGGUUUGGUGGACGCCUUCGAUAUUCGAGAUGAAAUCUUGCAUUCGACACUAGGAGCUUGGGACGGGCGUGUGUACGAGCGUCUGAUGGAAGAGGCGUUGAAGAGCCCUCUAAACGCACAACCCGUCAACGACUCAUUCCGCAAGUAUCUCAAGCCCUUCAUGCAGGGGAAGCUAUAGAACAACAAACAGGAACAAUAGCAAUGAUCCAUUAUUAUACGAGGUGGUAGGAUCGUUAACUUAUGUCUCUGAGUGACGGGCGCAGUGGUAGUGCCCCUCAGAUCUUUGCAAUUUAAAGCUCUGAGUGGCACUGUAACUGUUAUGGACAGGCGUGCAGCUUACCAUCAGGCGCACGACUUGUUCGUCCCGUCACUUGAUGUUAUAAAAAAAAGCUAUUGGUACAAACGACCACAUGGGACUCUAUUCAAUAAAUAAAUAAGUUAUGUGAAACCGAAUUUUGUUACGGCCACUAAUAGAACUAUUAAACUCUUGUUCAUAUGAAUAAAAGAAUGGGUUCUUGAAUAUUACAGUCUUAGUAGAGAAAACCAUCAGAAAAAAAUUCA